AUGAGGCUCACUCAGUCUUUCUCUUUCUCUCUCUCUUACACUUUUUCUCCCUGUGUUCCUCUCACUAGCUCUCACUCUUUUUGUCUCAAUCCAUCUCUUCCUUCUCUCUAUCUCUCUUUCGCUCAUGAUCAAUGUGUUCCCUCCAUAGGUGCCUUCAUCCCCGGAGUGCCUGUUCAGCCGGUGGUGCUUCGUUAUCUUAAUGACAUGGACACAAUCUCAUGGACGUGGAGAGGGCCUGGAGCGUUUAAAAUCCUGUGGCUCACUCUUUGUCAGCUGAACAACCGUUUGGAAAUUGAGUACCUCCCGACUUACACACCUUCAGAAGAAGAGAAGAGCGACCCUGCUCUGUUUGCUACCAAUGUGCGCCGGCUGAUGGCUAAAGCACUGGACACACCCAUAACUGACUAUUCCUUUGAGGACUGCCAGCUUGCCAUGGUUGAGGGCCCGCUGCGUCUCCCGGGCAACACGUGCCUACUGGAGUUUGCAAGGCUGGCGCGCCGACUCGGAUUGAAAGCAGGGCUCUCAGAUGAAGUCCUACAGGAACAGGGCAGCAGGGCACGCAAGCUGUGGGGAGACAAGCUGGGACUGGCAGACUUUGCCCAGUGUAUCAACCUGCCUGUGACAAACAUGCUUCAGGACAUGUUUGACAUGUUUGAUGAGUAUGGUACUGGGCAGGUGGACAUGAGGGAGUACGUCAUCGCCUUAUCAAUGGUCUACAGACCCUUUAAAGGCCUGGACACCAUUAAACUGGGGUUCAGGAUGUUUGAGGCGGAGGAGGAUGGAGGUGUAACUGAGGAGGAUUUGUCGACCCUCCUCAGAAGCACUCUGGGCCUGACCGACCUGGAGACCUCACGCAUGUUCACAGUGCUGGACUCUGCUCAUAAAGGGAGAAUCACAUUCGAGGAGUUUGAGCAGUUUGUGGAGCGGUGUCCUGACUUUGUGGACCGGUACCUCCUCAGCUCUGGGUCAUCCCAGCCCAGCUGUCCUGUGAUCACACCGCCCCCGGUGUCCAGCAACGGCUUCUGCACAGACUUCUGCACAGACUUCAGCCCCCACGACCAACAACAUAGCCACACAAACAACUACACUCCAACGGACAACAAGAAGGUCAACUAGGCUGUUCUCUCAACACUGCCUGUGUGUGUGUGUGCCUGUGUGUGUGUGUGUGUGUGUGUGCGUGUGUGUGUGUGUGUGCCUGUGUGUGAGUGAUUUAUUUUGUGUUCCAGACUGAGCAAAAAUAUUCUUUUAUGAGUGUUAAAUGAAGAGGAGGUGGACUGCGAAUGGACACUCACAUCCAUUAAGCCUCUUUUGAUUACACUUGUUUUAUUUAUAAAGCAUUUUAGUCAUUUUUUGAGGGCUGAUAUAUUGGUUUUUAUUAUUGAACAUUUCACAGUUUUGUCCUGAAGUCCUUUCAUUCAUUGAAGGAACUUAUGAAACCCAAUUUCAACAAUAUAUGUUUUAUAAUGUUUUUGAGAGAGUAUCAACUAUUUAUUUUGGAAAAAUAUAUUUUUUCCUCUAUAUUUAUACAGAUUCCCGCUCAACAUGGUUGGAAUACAGCUAAAACACAAAAUUCCCAUUUUAAAAUGUAUUUCAAUUACCAUGGCAUAGCCUUCUGUGACCUCACUUCAGUUGCUGCGGGGGGCUCAGACAUAGCUGGAAUAUUUUCUUACACAGACACUCAUUAUCACAAACACUCUUCCUGUUCUCUCAUUCGCAUUCCAUUGCCGGUGUGAUCCUUGAGUUCCUUGGGCCCCUUUAGAACCACAAUAGCCUUCAUUGUAGAUCUUAGAAGACAUUAACACAUUUCUGGUAUUUUUUUUAAACAUCCACUAUAGAGCAUCUUCACCAGCUUGUAUAUACCACAGUUAAGUGAAAUAUCAACUAAGGAGAGGCCAGACAGCGCUCCCUUUGUUGAUGAGUAAGGCAAAAGAGAAAGCUAUCCAAAGGUCAAAAACAUUAACUACUAAGGGAUUUUUUGUAUCUAAAUGGCCAUUGAAGUAAUUAUGUUGGCAUCAGAUCUUUCUUCAGAAUCACACAAAGGUUUUAUCCCCAAUUAGUUUCAGACUACAGACCCAGAUUAUAAUCUGGACAGGAUAUACUCAUUGCAUAUCAUAACACACUAUCUCUAUCACUCAUGGUUCUGUUUUCAGUCUAUUAAGAGCCAAGGAUCACUCCUGCAUAGUGUUCAGAAAGAAAUGCUGUCAUGUGCUGUUACAUACACUAUAUCAUAGUUUGAUGAAUAGGAUGAGAUCAAAUUCAACAGUCCGCUGACCAUUAUACUGUCUCAGGUGGUCAGUGGCUCUUAAUCCAAUCUGUCCCUGAUCCAGCACAUCCCAAAUCAAGGGAGUGAGUUGCUCUGUUCAAUCUGUUUUUGUGUUUUAUUUUUGCUUUUAGAACAUGUUUUUAGAACACUCACCAGUACAGUUUUUUUUAUGGAAUGUGGAUUGAACUGCUGUUUUAAACCAAGAUUAUUUUUAUCUGAUGUACUGAGGUAUUUUUUUCAUUGUUUCUUUGUCAUUGGAGAAGACAAAGUGAGGAAUAAAUAUGCGACCAUAUGAACUGAA